AUGUCUAUCACAAUCUACGGCAACCUAACCAUGGCGGGAAACUCUUCCAUUACCAACACCAAUUCCAGCGGCGGCCCAACCCCUGCUCAGCUUAUCACGGCAGUACCAGAAGGGAACGCCUACGGGCGUGAACCAUCGGUUGAUGUAGAAGACUCCGUAGUAGAAGACCCCGUAGUAGAAGAUCAGGCCGUAGAACAGCUACCGAUGGAACAAUUAGCUCUGGAAGCUCCAUGUCGUCGACGCGGCCAAUCGGUUCCAAUAGCUCAACCUCCACGAGCACCUCGACGAGCAAAUGCCCCACCCCAGCGCCGCCGAUCUUCAAGAAUAGCUCUACGUAUUGAACGGAGGAACACACCACCCCCUAGACGUGCACUUCCAUCCGUGCAUGAAGAUUUUGACUACUGGUCAAAAAUCUGGACCUUGCCGCCCAAUCUUCUUUGCUACCUCUCUCCCGGGUGGCUACCGGAUUGGACCACUCGAGAUCUUCUUCGCCAGAUCAUCUGGCACUUCAAGCCAAAUCAGCGCAUCCCAUGUGGCGCUCUCAAAGCAAACAUCAUCGAACUCUUCGAACAUCAUGUUGCCUUCCAGUACGAUAACAUCAGAAGAUUCAGACUCGCAUUUGUUUUGUUAAUCGGAAUCGCAUUUGUAUUGUUUCAGCUCAAUGGUGUUGUUCGUCAAGGCAAAGUCAGAAACAGGCAAAACGGGACGCACCACGAAAACCAACUGCGAAGGCUUCGCUUGACACGGGCGACAGCGAACUUAUCAACACCUUUGCACGCUCACGAAGGGUCUCAAGCUCGCGACACGUCAUUCCAACGUGCUCUACAUAAUGUGGUGCGCCGAAGGUCUCUUAGUACUGGUGACCUGGGAGCCGUCAAAUUCCAGAGCUCUUCCAAAGGUCGAAAUCGGGAGCCUCUUUCAUGCGAAGGCGCCGAAGCAGCUCACAAACGAUCCUAG